AGCAGCAGACGACAGAACAAAGUUUUACCAGGAAAGUGUCUCUAGAGUUCUUUUUGGAAUGUAUACUAUUUAUAAAUGUAACGAAGUAAAAAUAGUAACUUGCAAUGACCCUUAAUAAAUCGGACACGAAAAAUUACAAUGGAAAAUUUUUUUUUACCCUAAAUUUUUUCUAAAGUUUGUUUAUUAAUUGUGUACAUGUCGGUUUUUCAAAUACAACAUUCAUUUGACAUCCAAUUUCAUUACAAUGGCGUUACUAGGAGCACAAUUGGUCAUUACUCUGGUAAUGGUGAGCAUUAUUCAAAAAUUGAGUCCUCACUUUUCAUUUGCUAGAUGGCUUUUAUGUUCUACUGGGUUGACUCGUUUUUUAUAUCCCACUGAUCAGGAAUUAAGAAACAUUUCUGGUAUUCAAAAGGAAAAGCCAAAAAAGGGAAAACACACUGAAAAUGGUAAAGUUGCGGAUGUCUUUCAAAUUCCACGAAAUUUAGAUAUCACAUUGGAGAAUGCAAAAGUUUCGCCACUCGAUGUUGUACAUUUAAAAUUCUAUUCGGACUAUAUAUGGCUUUUGGAUUUCUCCAUUUACACUGCUCUCGUUUAUACAUUGACUGAGAUUUACAACUCUUGGUAUCCAAUUAAAGAUGAAAUUAAUCUCAGCAUCCUUUGGUGUACUCUGGUUGUUGGCUUUGCAUUUAAGGUUUUAAUUACUCUUUGGGUUCAAUAUUUCAAAGGAGAAGAAAGUAUUGGCGAAAGAUCUACUUGCAUUGUUACUGGAUUUGCAUAUCUUCUUGUAGCAAUGAUGAUUCUUAUUAUUGAUGAAAAUACCCUUGAAAUUGGCUUAGAGAAAGCCUACACGAGUUUCAAUCAUAGCGCCUCAAUAUUUUUAGAAAAACAGGGCCUCAGUUCUACGGGUCCAGCGUCAAAAAUUAUUGUAAAAUUUUUUCUCGCCGUUUGGUGUGGAUUUUUGGGUUCACUUUUUACUUUUCCUGGAUUAAGAGUUUCUAAAAUGCAUUGGGAUGCUUUAAGGUACUAUAAGAAUAGAAAAAUUUUAACGCUCUUGGCAAACAUGAGCUACGCUUCUCCACUAUUAUUAGUGAGUCUUUGGUUUAAACCAAUAAGCCGUGACUAUCUUACAAUAAGAAUUUUCAGUGGAAUGACAGAACCACUGAUGACUCCAGCAGCCUUCGAGAGUGCAAGGCUGAUAGCAAUAAUAGCUGUAGUUUUACUCAAGUUGGCGCUAAUGCCAUUGUACCUGCAAUCUUAUCUUAAUCUCGCGAAUCAAAGACUAGAAAUACAGAAAAAAGAAGCUGGUAGAAUAUCAAAUAUAGAAUUACAAAAAAAGAUCGCGGCAGUAUUUUAUUAUCUCUGUGUUGUCGCUAUACAGUACAUUGCACCUUUGAUAAUGUGUUUGUUUUUUACUCUAAUGUACAAAACACUUGGUGGUUACACAUGGGAAGGACUCUAUAAAACCAUCAAUUCAGAAGAGUGUCCAAUUGAUGAAUCUCCAGUGAUUUCAUCAACAAUUCUCUCAGAUGAUUCUGAGAAAACUGUCGCUCAAAGUGCUCAAGAACUUCAACUUGCUUUCAGCUCGUUGAAGCAAAUUUUUACCGUGGAUGUAUUUAGGGGAGUUAUGGGAUUUGCAACUUGGUGGAGUUGCUUUUCACUUUUUGCCACCACAUCCAUGGGAAUGGUUUAUCAGUCCUAUUUUUCUAAUAUUUGAAAAUAAUCGCGUCCAUUCGAAUUGCUUAAAAGAUAAUUUUUCAUUCGUUGUAACGUGAGAGGCUCAUUAUAUAUUUCGAAUAAUCAAAAAAAAUGCUAAGUUAAAAAAAAAAUUUGUCAUGUCACGCACAUCGAAAGGAAUAACAAAUUCUCUAAUAACAAUUGUUUUCUAAUAAAACAGAAAAAAAAUUCUUUUUUUUUUUUUUUUGAAAAAAAAUAUUUCUUUUGAAGAAGAAGAAAUUUUUUUUUUUAAAGAAUUUUUUCCCAUUUUAUUGUAAAAACAAGUAUGUCAAUAUUUGAGAAUUAAGAACAACAAUUUUGUUGACUAAAAUUUAAAUACAGUGAUGAUUUUUGAAAAAUUCUCAAAGAAAAAUCAUGUAUAAUGAUCAAUAAUGAAUAUGUAUUGAUUUUGUAAAUAUAAAUCAACUUCUAUUUUGUUCUUAAAGAAAAAAAAGAAUUCUGUGUGGUGAAAGAGAUUUUCAAAAACCAUUUUUACAAUCUAUUUAUGAUUUUCAAAAUUGUCAUCACCAGCGAUUUUUUUUUUCUAUACUUUGUGUGAUAAGUCUACGAGUUUUGCAUUUCUAAAAAAUGAAAUAAAAACGACAAAAAUUUUAAAUCAUUUUUUUUUAUAUUAAAUAUAUUUCCUUUUUUUUUUAUUGAAUAUCUCCAAAUUUGAAAGUUCAAAUCCGUAAAUAUAAUUUUUUUCUGAAUGUAAAAUUAAAUUACAAAAGAAAGAAAAUGGCAAAUUUCAGUAAAAAUCUUUUCUUUUCAAUAGAACGAAAAAUUGAUACCUUUUAAUUAGAGUAUAAAAAAAUCCUUCAGAAUGAUUAAAAAGGUCAAGAGAUUAUUCACUCUUUAAUAAAAAAAAAAAAGAAAAGAACGAGUUCAAUGUAGAGUGUGAAAGGAAAAAUUUUAAUUUAAAAUUCAAAUUUGAGAAGCGAUUAUAAAUUUUUGUGUAAAAGGAAAAUGAGCUUUUUGUGAUAAAAAUAAAAAACUUGGACAAUUUACGUGGGUGUUUAUCUUGGGAAAAAAAGACUUGUUUCAAUAUAUAUAUAUAUAGGUGUUGCUAAAAAUAGAAAAAUUUACGCAAUUUCAUUUCAGUUCACACACAAUCUUUUUCUUUUUCUUUCGAUUCGCGCGCCCGCGCAUCCUUUCUUUUAGAUACGUUUAUUCCAUUGGUGAAUGUAUGUCGCAGUUUCGUUACGAUUGGUUUAGUCGAGAAGAUUCUCGAAUAUUGUACAUAGUAGUAUUAUAAAAGCUCUCACAGUUGCAAGAGGUCGUCAGAAUUUCGUGAGACGUCGAAAGAGAAAGAACGUUUUAUUUUUAAUAAACAAAAAUUGAACUUUACAGUGCUAUUUUUUAUUUUUAAAAAAGUGUCUAAG